AUGAAAAUUUUAGCGCAUCCGAAUUUGCGGUGUUUUGUGUCUCAUGGAGGAAUGAACAGUGUGUUGGAGAUGACGAGGAACGGCAAACCGUCAAUUCUCAUUCCACUAUUUGGUGAUCAGCACAGAAACGCCAAACUUGUUGAACGGAGGGGAUCGGCGAUUGUGAUCUACAAAGAAUUCUUCACGGCUGAAAUAUUAAUCAAAAGCCUUCGAAGCAUUUUAGAAGAUCACGUAUAUCGCCAGAAAGCCAAGCGCCUUUCUUCGCUGAUGAGGAGGAAACCGUUUAACUUGAGAGAGCGUCUACUCUCAACGGUCGAAUUUUCCGCUCUUCAUGGAAAAAUGGAAGAACUAGACGUCUACAGCUACCGCAUGGGAACUUUACAGUAUUUCUGUCUCGACGUAAUAUUCGUUAUUCUUGUAGUGGUUGCGUUACAAAUCACUGCUUUUGUUUACGGUAUUCGGAAAAUUUCUGAUCUUGUCCUUUCUCGCAAGAGUAAGACAGAGUGA